AUGAGCUCCCCGCGCGGCGGCUCUCGGGGGGCAGCCUCCCCCGUCCGACUGAGCAGGGGAGGGGGCCCCCCCCCAUCAGUGCAGCCUCCCCCCCAAGAAAGCAAGUCAGCAAGGGGGCCCCUGCCAGCAGCAGCAGCAGCGGCAGUGCCGGCUGUGGAGAACUCCGCAACUGCAUCGAAAGUCAAGGGCCCCAAGGAUCUGCCGUCCGAAGCAGAGCAGCCACAUGCGCGCCGCUCAUUGGCGGCUUCCUCGUCUAAGGAAGGCUUUCCGAGAAAGCUACGAGGCGCUACCAGCGCUGCGAGCGAACGUGCUGCUCCCUUCGCCGAAAACGCCGUGACAAAGGAAGCCGCGAAUAGACAGCCUGAGGGGCCCCUCGCGGGAAAGUCAAAGCGGUACGCCACACUGAUGUCUGUGCCGAAUGUGAUGGAAGUCGAGGGAGAAGAAGAACUGUUGUCGGAUGACGAUGAAGACAGGAACCGGAGUGGUGCUGUGCCUCUCUGGUGGUAUGACAAGUACAAGCACAUUGGGGGUGGGUGGGUGGGUGUGGCGAUCUCAGGCUACGACGCUGAGGGCAAUCGCGUCGAAAAGACGCUGCAAAGCGGGGGGGGGGCCCUUGGGGAGUUGCUGGCAAAUGCGGAGAUAGGCUCAGAGCGAUGGCGGCAUGUGAGGGAUUUGCGGAACGAUCGAAUAGUGACUUUGUCGGAGCAAGACUUGGAGGCGCAGUUCCUCCCGUCUGCUGCCGAGCAGAAAAAGAUCAACCGCUACAUCAAGAUGAUCAGAGAGGGCAAGCCCAUCCGCCCUCCCUCCAAGCACGCGCAGGAGGAGACACUCAGAGACCUUUGGGGAGACAACAUCUAUUCUGCCACGCCUGCGAAAGACAAGCUCCCUCCUGCAGCGAAGGCGCCCAAACUCCCUCUUCCUAGCCACGCAGAAAGCUACAAUCCUCCUGAGGAGUACCUCUUCACGCCAGAGGAGGAAGCAGAGUGGCGUGCCUUACCCCCCGAGAACCGUCCUCUGCCAUUUCUGCCGCAAAAAUUCUCUGCCCUCCGCAGGGUUCCUGCCUACGCGCAGUUGGUGCUCGAGCGGUACAACCGCUGCUUGGAUUUGUACCUGUGCCCCCGCGCCGUCAAGCACCGCAUGAACGUCGACCCCUCUUCGCUCUUGCCGCAGCUGCCUCCAGCCUCCUCUUUUAGGCCCUUUCCGACGUCUCUCGGCAUGGCUUUCCUCCCGCUGACACUCCACGCUCAGCGAAUUCCCCGACCACAGCCUCUCUUUGGUUUUCUCCUGCCCUUCGAAGACAAGCCUAACGAACGCCUCGAAUGGAGCUCAGGCUCUCGUCCGGAGUGUAGCGACAAGAGCGACAAGAGCAGCAGCAGCAGGAGCGGCAGGAGCGGCAGGAGCAGCAGGAACGGGGAAAAUUUGUUAGGGCCUGAAGGAGCAGCCGUGCGGGUAGUUUCCGUGAACGCCGCUGGCACAUUCGUUGCGACGGGGAGUAGCGACGGUUGUCUUCGAGUGUUUGAGGCGAAAACAGGCAGAAUCGUCGCUGCCCUGCUGUUGCAGCAGCAAAUCACAGCGGCAGCGUUCCACCCUGCGCUUCCCAUUCUUGCAGUGGCGGCGGCAGAGCAGCUGCUGCUCGUGACACUGGACAGACCGCUGUUCGACAGUCAGUCCUUGCAUCAGCUCACGAAUGCAGCAGCCGCUGCAACCCCCAAGGCGAAAAAGCAAGCUCCUGCCGCUGCAACAGAGGCGACUGCAGCGGGGGAGGGGAACGGCUUCGUCAGCGCUGCAAGGCGACAGAUGGAAGAGGCUCUAGAGCUGCUCCGCGUCAAAACUGCCCUUGACGAGGAACUGCCGGAUUUGCUGCACACAGCAGACGCAAGCGUCAGUAGCGGCGGCAGCAGCAACACGGACGGUCCCUACACUGUAGAUGCCACUGUAGGCGCCAAGCUUGUCGGAUGCUGGCAGCAAGUCUCCAUGAAGCACGCGAAGGCAGCCGCAAAAUCAGCAACAAAGGAACUGCAACAGCUACAGUCGCAGAACGGAGAGGAAGCUCAUGAACUCACGCUCUUGCUAAGAGGGGUUCGACGCGCAGUUUUCUUGCUACACGACUCCCCCAUUCUCAAGUUGAAGUGGCAGCAUAAAGGGAACUAUUUGGUGUCAGUCUGCCCGGGGAGUUCUUCCCCCUCCAACCAGUUGCUGAUUCACAACAUCAGGAAGCAGAAGUCUAUCAAACCGCUCAGAAGGAGAGGUCCUGGAGCUCUCAAAGACGCCGCCUUCCACCCUAAAGAGCCGUGGCUCAUCGUUGCCUAUACAAGGGGUUUGCGGAUCUACGAUCUGGCAGCCAAGCAGCAGUCGGCUGGACUUCCUGGCACGCGCCAGGCGCUUCUCAAGAAGCUCAUCGGAGUUGAAAGCGUCAGUUCCGUGUCGGUCCACCCCAGUGGCUCGCAGUUGCUGGUCGGCGGGGAGAACAGCAAAUUGUAUUUUUUUGAUUUGGAGCUGUCUAAGAGGGUUUUCAAAGUUUUUAGGGCUCACAAGCAUGCAAUCUCGAGCGUCGCAUUCCACGAGACUCUCCCUCUCAUGGCUUCCAGCAGCAUGGACGGCACUGUGCAGGUGUACCACUGUCGAGUGUACGACGACCUCAUGACGAACCCUCUGAUCGUCCCUGUCAAAACUCUCAAGGUGUGUUGUGGCAGCCGUUUUUCUGGGGAAAUUGAACUUAUCUUCGCGCUUAUAAUGGGGCCCUUUGGCCGCCUGUGCGCGGCGUCCUUUACAUGGCUGGGGGUGGAACUGCACGUUGCUUUUGCAAUUUUUCAGGUCUGUGCAGACGCUACGCAAGGAGGAGGUGUCACCACGUGCUUUUGGCAUCCAACGCUUCCCUGGCUGUUUACAGGCGACAGGACUGGAGCCUGCAGUCUCUGGCGCUGA